AUGGAAGAGCAAGACCCAGAAGGACCUGGAUCUGGAAAGAGUGCAAAGAAAGCCCCCCAGCCCAUCCAAGCUGGGAGUGGCAUUGAAUCCUGGGAAACAGCUGUGCCAGAAAUCUGGGAUCAGGAGCCGCUGAACUCAGAAGUACAUUGCCGACGCUUCAGGCAGUUCCGCUACUGUGAGGCUGACGGGCCUCGAGAGGUUUGCAGCCAGCUCCAUGGAUUUUGCAACCACUGGCUGAAGCCAGAGAGACACACCAAGAAGCAGAUCCUGGACCUGGUGAUCCUGGAGCAGUUUCUGACCCUCUUGCCCCAGGAAAUGCAGCACUGGGUCAGAGGAUGCGGGCCGGAGACCAGUUCCCAAGCAGUGGCCCUGGCCGAAGGCUUCCUCCUGAGUCAGGCAGAGGAGAAGAGGCAGGCAGAACAGAGUUGGGGUCCAUCCAUGAAGAUGGAAGCUGAGUUCUGUGAGACGGAAAGAGUUUUGUUGGAGGAAGGGCAGCGGGCCCAGGCCCAGGAGCAUGCCCAAGAUGCCCUCUCAUGCGGCAGUGAAGAGGCAGUGUUGAUCCUUUCUCUUUGCGAAGGUGUGGAAACUGCUGUUGCACCUCCAGUCCAGUCUUCAGUUUCCUUUGGUGAGGCAGCCAUGUAUUUCACUAAGGCAGAGUGGGCCCUGUUGGAUCCAGACCAAAAAGCUCUCUACAGAGAAGUCAUGCUGGAGAACUACAGGAACGUGGUCUCUCUGGCAGGGGAUGAUCAGUGGAAGGUGGGUGAUGAGGAAUUGCAUCACCUCUUAACAGAUGAAGUGAAAAGUGUAGAUUUGAAAGGAAGCUUCAGGAUUCAAGGCCAACCUAAGAGGCAAAAAGUAUGUCACAUGGACGAGAAGAAAGAUAAACCCAUUUCUGGCCAAGGGCAGGAUUUCCAUGAACGAAGCCACAUGGUGGAGGAAGCAUAUAAGUGCUUGGAGUGUGGAAUGAACUUCUCAGAUCAAAACCAAUAUGAUAUCCAUUUGCAAAUGCUCAGUGGAAAGAAGACCCAUCAAUGCUUGGAGUGUGGCAAGAGCUUCCUUCAUAGAGCAGAACUCCUUAGGCAUCAAAGAACACACAUAGGUGAAAAACCUUAUCGCGACUCAGACUGUGGCAAGAGCUUCUCACACAUUUCAGACCUUUUUGAACACAAAAGAAUUCAUUCAGCAGAGAAUCCAUUUAUCUUCACAGAAAGUGGAAGGAUGUUCUCUUGGGGAAGAAAAGGAAAUGCACUUUUCCCGAAGCAUAGGAUAAUGGGGGCACAUAAAUGCUUUCGGUGUGGAAAGAACUUCAGAUACAGAUCAAAGCUCCUUCUGCAUCAAAGAACCCACACAGGGGAGAAACCUUUUGGAUGCUCAGAGUGUGGAAAGAGAUUCAGCCAGAAUGGCAAUCUUCAACAGCAUCAAAGAACGCACACUGGGGAGAAACCUUUUGACUGCUCAGAGUGUGGAAAGAGAUUUAGUGACAGUGGCCAUCUUAAAACGCAUCAAAGAACCCACACAGGGGAGAAACCUUUUGGAUGCUCAGAGUGUGGAAUGAAAUUCAGUUACAGUGGCAGUCUUAAAAGGCAUCGAAGAACACACACAGGGGAGAAACCUUUUGGAUGCUCAGAGUGUGGAAAGAGAUUUAGUGAGAGUGGUACUCUUCAAAGCCAUCAAAGAACCCACACAGGGGAGAAACCUUUUGGAUGCUCAGAGUGUGGAAAGAGAUUUAGUGACAGUGGCAGUCUUAAAAGGCAUCGAAGAACCCACACAGGGGAGAAACCUUUUGGAUGCUCAGAGUGUGAAAAGAGAUUUAGUGACAGUGGCCAUCUUAAAACGCAUCAAAGAACCCACACAGGGGAGAAACCUUUUGGAUGCUCAGAGUGUGGAAAGAGAUUCAGUCAGAAUGGCAAUCUUCAACAGCAUCAAAAAACCCACACAGGGGAGAAAGCUUUUGCCUGCUCAGAGUGUGAACAGAGAUUCAGUCACAGUGGCAGUCUUAAAACGCAUCGAAGAACCCACUCAGGGGAGAAA